UGUCACUUCCUCAUUCAGUUAUCCUCAGAGCUUUUGGUAAUACUACAUUUGGCAGCCUUAUGAUUAUUGCUCAAUCCGAUUUCGGAGAAAACAUGGCAACUAGCUUUCCUUCUCAAAGGUCAAAUGUUUAG